AUGUCGACUGAAGAAAACCACGCUGGACCCUCAAGAGAAGGAUGGCAUACCACAACACUUGGAAUACCUUUUCACACAUCAGAACAUGCUGAGAUAGCUCGAAAAGCUUUGGAAGUAGACAAAGAACAAAAUGGGGUAUUUGUGUAUCGGGAAUUGUCAGUUGAGGGUGAAGUACUAAUAGCGAAAUAUGAAACAACGACAGUUCGACUAUUGCGCUUAUCGACGAAUUCUUUCUUAUCAAGUUUGGAUUUAGUGGUUAGGACGAUGACUUCAUUCGCACCUGAUCCGCAAGACCCGAUAAUAGCAGACGAAGAAUUGGAAAAGAUACGGGAUGACGCUAAUAGAGCUGCUGGAGGUGCAGGGAAAGGUAUAGAAUUGAGGGGUGAUGAAAGAGGUGCAGGGAGUGGUGAAGAAGUCAAGUAA